GGCUUGAUGACUGCCUGCAGCAGUAUAUCAAAAAUUUUGAAAGAGAGAAGAUUGGUGGGGACCAAUUACUACGUAUCACUCACCAGGAACUGGAGGAUCUGGGAGUUACUCGAAUUGGGCAUCAAGAACUUAUCUUAGAAGCAGUUGAUUUGCUCUGUGCUUUGAACUACGGACUGGAAACCGAAAACCUAAAAACACUUUCUCACAAGCUAAAUGCAUCUGCCAAAAAUCUUCAGAACUUUAUCACAGGCAGGAGGAGGAGUGGUCAUUAUGAUGGUAGGACCAGCAGAAAAUUACCAAAUGACUUCCUUACUUCAGUGGUGGAUCUGAUUGGAGCUGCAAAAAGCCUCUUAGCUUGGCUGGACAGAUCACCUUUUGCUGCUGUGACAGAUUAUUCUGUUACAAGAAAUAAUAUCAUACAGCUCUGUCUUGAAUUAACAACAAUUGUACAGCAGGACUGCACAGUAUAUGAAACGGAGAACAAAAUACUUCAUGUGUGCAAGACUCUUUCUAGUGUCUGUGACCACAUAAUCUCACUGUCAUCUGAUCCUCUCGUUUCUCAGUCUGCUCACCUGGAAGUGAUCCAGCUAGCAAACAUCAAACCAAGCGAAGGGCUGGGUAUGUACAUUAAAUCAACAUAUGAUGGUCUCCAUGUAAUUACUGGAACAACAGAAAAUUCACCUGCAGAUCGGUGUAAGAAAAUCCAUGCUGGAGAUGAAGUGAUUCAAGUUAACCACCAAACUGUGGUGGGGUGGCAGUUGAAAAAUUUGGUGAAUGCACUACGAGAGGAUCCGAGUGGUGUUAUCUUAACUUUGAAAAAGCGACCUCAGAGCAUGCUUACCUCAGCACCAGCUUUACUGAAAAAUAUGAGAUGGAAGCCCCUUGCUCUGCAGCCUCUUGUACCUAGAAGUCCUACAAGCAGUGUGGCAACACCAUCUAGUACUAUCAGCACACCCACCAAAAGAGACAGUUCAGCCCUUCAGGACCUCUACAUACCUCCUCCUCCAGCAGAACCAUACAUACCCAGGGAUGAGAAGGGAAAUCUCCCAUGUGACGAUAUUGGAAGACACCUUGUAGGAAAGCCAGUUCAUAAGGGAUCUGAAUCGCCAAAUUCAUUUCUUGACCAAGAAUAUCGAAAGCGUUUUAAUGUGGUUGAAGAAGAUGCUAUUUUGUACUGUUAUGAAUAUGAGAAAGGAAGAACAACUAGCUCUGGGAGAAGAGAGAGCACUCCAACAUAUGGCAAGCUAAGGCCGAUAUCUAUGCCAGUAGAAUAUAAUUGGGUAGGAGACUAUGAAGAGCCUAGCAAGACAAAAAGAGAUAGUAGAAGAGAAAAUUCACUACUUCGAUAUAUGAGCAAUGAGAAAAUAGCUCAGGAAGAUUACAUGUUUCAGAGAAACAGCAAAAAGGACACAGGCAAAAAAUCCAAAAAGAAGGGAGACAAAAGCAACAGUCCAAGUCAUUAUUCCCUGCUGCCCAGUUUACAGAUGGACUCAUUAAGGCAAGACAGCAUGACCACCCCAGGUCCUGAAACCUCCAUGUAUCAUACAUUUCAACAAUCCUCUCUACAACACAAGUCUAAAAAGAAGAACAAAGCCACUGCUCAAAGUAAGAGUAGAAGGCGAAUUUCUUGUAAAGAUCUUGGUCGUGGAGAUUGUGAAGGCUGGCUUUGGAAAAAGAAGGAUGCCAAGAGUUAUUUCUCACAAAAAUGGAAAAAAUACUGGUUCGUUCUGAAGGAUACUUCUCUGUACUGGUAUAUCAAUGAGGAGGAUGAAAAAGCAGAGGGAUUCAUCAGCCUACCAGAGUUUAAGAUUGAUAGAGCUAGCGAAUGUCGCAAGAAAUAUGCAUUCAAGGCCUGUCAUCCUAAAAUCAAAAGCUUUUAUUUUGCUGCUGAACAUCUAGAUGACAUGAACAGGUGGUUAAACAGAAUUAAUAUGCUAGCUGCUGGUUAUGCAGAAAGAGAAAGGAUCAAACAAGAACAAGAUUACUGGAGUGAGAGUGAUAAAGAAGAAGCAGACACACCAUCAACACCCAAACAAGACAGCCCACCUCCACCAUAUGACACGUAUCCACGACCUCCUUCGAUGAGCUGCGCAAGUCCUUAUGUAGAACCAAAGCAUAGCCGGCUGUCAUCCACCGAAACAUCCCAAUCACAAUCGUCACAUGAAGAGUUCCGACAGGAAACAGUAGGGAGUACUACUGAAUCGCCUAUCCGCAAAACAGCCAGCCAGAGACGUUCUUGGCAGGAUUUAAUAGAAACACCACUGACAAGCUCAGGGCUGCACUACCUUCAGACUCUACCCCUUGAAGAUUCAGUUUUCUCUGACAUGGCUGUUAUCUCUCCAGAACAUAGGCGGCAAUCAACUCUUCCAACUCAAAAAUGCCACCUACAGGAUCACUACGGCCCUUUUCCUUUAGUGGAGGGUGAGAGAAUGCAAGUGCUAAAUGGGAAUGGGGGAAAGCCCCGCAGUUAUACUUUGCCUCGGGAUAGUGGGUUUAACCAUUGCUGCCAGACCCUUUCAGUCAGUGCCUCCACUCAUCAAGAAGAAGUGCCACAGAAAGAGCAAGAGGAGGAGGAAGAAGAAGAAGAAGGCAGGGAAAUAGCAUCAGAAAACCAAGAAGAUGAAACUGAAACAAUAGAAGAAAAACCUGCAGAUUCCCUGCAAGAUUUGUACCGAUCCUUGGAACUAGCUAGUUUGUCCCCUUUAGGAGACCAGCAAAUUUCUACCAAGAUGGAGUACAAGAAAUCAUUUAUUAAAAGAUGCAGUGAUCCAGUAGUUAAUGAAAAAUUGCACCAGCUGCGAAUUCUGAAAAGCACUUUAAAGGCCAGAGAAGAAGAAGUCGCCAUCAUAGAUAAAGUCCUGGAUAAUCCAGCCUUGACAUCUAAAGACUUUCAAGACUGGAAACAAAUGUAUCUUGACCUCUUCCUGGAUAUUUCUCAGAAUAAUCCCACAGAGGACCCUGUAAAUGACUCUGAUGAAAUUGAUGCUCUCCUAGACUCUUUAGCACAUACUCAUUCCUACAUUGAAACACACGUAUAAAAACAAUUUUCAGUCUUUAUUUUUGUUCCUUCCUGGCACUCCAGACCUUUGCUCAAGUGCACAGAGUAGCUUUUAUAUUAACGUACAGGAGAUCUAUUUUAAUGUUUCUGAUGAGUGAAGUACAAUUUCCGUAGUCAUUGUGUGAAUAUAACAUUAUAUAAUUUUAAAGCUGCUGAUGCUCAGUUCAUGUUUAUGUUUACAAAUAUUGGUCACAAUCCAAAGAAGCAAUAUGGGGUUGGGGAACUGUGUGCUUUUGGUUUGAAGUUGGUGCCACAGCAAUUCUCACUGCUUAAAGAGGGUUUCUCGCUAGUAAAGAGUGUUACAUUUUAAGCUGAAGCAGCAUGCAUGCUUCUUCUUUGAACUGUGUCCAGUGUCUUUAACAGUUAAAAAGAAUAUUUUAAUGAGUAUAUUUUUGAGGAUUACACUGAUUUAUCAAGAGGAAAGUUGGCAUAAAAAUAGUGUUUUACUACUGACGGUCUAUCAGUUUCCUAUUAAAUAGUAUAUAAUUGUUGUAAAUUAUUUAGUUACAUUUUCAAAGUGUGGCCUUUGUUUUGGCCAGUGUGGAAAUUAAACUUUUAUAUUUGGUGGAAUACUUUAGGUAUUUUCGUAAAUUAUGAGGAAAGUAUAAUGCUGUGGUAAGGGUUGCUUUUUAACUAAUAGUCAGGGAGUAAGAAAAAUAUCGGACUUCCAUAAGCUUAUGUUAAAAGUUUAAAGCAUCAUUUUUCUAGUCUCUUAAAAAACAGUUAAUAGACAAUCUAAAGUUCAGAUUUAAUAUGAGAGUAAAGGAUUCUUUUUGUUGUUGUUUUA